GUCAUUUUUUCAAGCGAAGCCGUUCCAUACUCAAGUUUUAACCACCAGAGAGCACCACAAACGCCCACUUUUUGUGAUUGGCUUUCCGUUGGAAGAUGGCGUUCGCAUCACUUGAUUUUUUGUCAACAAAAACAACACAAGUUCUAGCUGGCUGGGCUGCACUAAGUUUUCCAAAGGAACGAAGCAUUUCAGUAAAACAAACAUGGAUCAAGAGGAUGAAGAAGUAUUCGAGAUUGUUGAUUUCACAUCUGCAUCCGAGUGGGAAGUGUUUACUUCAAGAUUGGAAGAAAUUCUAUUCUCUUGGCAACUAUCUCUAAAAGACAAAGAAGAAGAAACUACAGUUUUUCUAGGUCUAAAUGGAGAAUGGAAAUCCUCAUCUGAAGACAUCAGCUUCGCAGGACAUCCUUUCAUAUUAACACACCAUUGGGUAGAAGAAUCUGCUGAAAAAGGAAAAAGAAGCGAAUCGGUUGUAGAAAAAAAAGGCUGCCAAGUGUUUGAAUCUUUAAUGGACAAAAACCAUGACUUUCCUUUCAACAAAUGCCAUUCGCUCGCAAAAUUUUACGGGCUCGCUGAUUUUGUUAUUAUGUCUCCAGCGGGCAAUGAAAUGUUGACUUCAGAAGACCGAAUCAAUCUCCUCCUAAGCUCCGUUACCAUCGCAGUUAAUAACGUUCAAAGUCGAGUUCCGGUUUUUGUUCAGUUACAUUCCAAGUCGCAGCAACUUUAUCAAGGAACAUUUGAAUCUAAAAAUCUUCGAACGGACUUUCAAAUGGUUCAUCUCAAACGUAUCCCCCCAACUUGUAAACACUUGUCAGGACUAAUUGAGCUUUUCAAGGAAAAGAUUGGAAGUAGUUCAAUCAACCCUGUAGAGUGUUCGGUGUGUUUAACUUAUUCUUUAAUCGAUAUACGAAAUGCUGGAUGGGAUAACUGGCCUCAACAACCGCCAGAUUUUGAAUCUAAAGGAGGAGUGGUAGGAAACGCCACUCUUAGCCAACUUGGUUUUGGUGCAAUUAAGGAUCCCAUAAAGGAAAUUCUGGUUUCUGCAGUUUGGAAUAACAAUCUGAACGAAGAUGUAGUGGUUGACAGUGAAGUGUACACGGACUUGGUUCCCAUUGAAGCGCCUCUAUGGAUUGUUCGCCUUGUGUUGAACGAUAAAGUGCCGUCAUUACUCAUCAAGAGCCUUUGUUCAUUCCUAGAUUUGUGCGGUUCAAAGGAAUCUACUGAACAACUUCUUGGCAAAAACUACACGGUUCUUCAAAGUCCAGACAGUCCGGAAUAUGAGCGUGCUCUAGGAGCCUUAACUAAAGAACGAACAGGUUAUGGGAUAUUGUCCUCUAAAAGAUUGCCUUUUGCUAGUAAAAAAGCUCAAACUGGUGGACCGAUUCCCGAAAAUAUGUUGGUGAAUCUUCUCAAUUUUCUGUUUCCGGACGCUGAAGGAGAUUUAGAGAUUCAAACUCAUCCGUAUCCUGAAGAGUUUCAGUCCGACUGUUCUGCCUCUUUGGACAUUAAAUGGAAGGAAAGUUUCUCGGCCUUCAAGACGUCUCCAGUGGACAGUUUGGUGUGGCGGCUGGCCACCACUGCCGUCUACACAAUGACACACCUCAACGGGAUCGAGGGUGUAGCCCAUUGGUGGCACGAGAUCGUUCUAGAACUGCGCUAUCGCUGGGAACAUGGCUAUACCAUUCCGGGGUAA